AUGGCGGAAGCGGCUGCUGUUGACUACUCGCUCAACAACCCCGACACGCUCACCAAGUAUAAAACUGCGGCGCAGAUCGGCCAGAAAGUCCUCGAGGCUGUUUCGGGAUGGAUCACGGAGGGUGCCAAGGUCGUUGAGCUCUGUCAACGAGGUGACAAACUUCUGGACGAGGAGAUCGCAAAGGUCUACAAGGGCAAAAAGAUCGCAAAAGGCAUCUCGCACCCAGUCACCGUCUCGCCCAGCGACUAUGUCACUCCAUACACGCCCCUUGUCUCAGACGCCGAGGAGGCCGAAACCACACUGAAGGCGGGCGAGCCGGUCAAGAUUCAGCUUGGUGCUCAAAUCGACGGCUUCGGUGCCAUUGUCUGCGACACAGUCUUUGCACGAGCCAAGGGAGAUUCCGAGAAGACUCUAUCCGGACGGCAAGCCGACCUCGCACUGGCAACUCACUACGCGAACGAGCUGCUGCUUCGUCUCGUUGCUCCACCCGGACUGGUCGCUACAGGCACGGAGGAAGAGCAAAAGAAGGCACAAUCGCAGAAGCCAUACAGUCAGGCAAAGAUCACACAGCUGCUCGAGAAGGUUGUCAAGAGCUAUGACUGCAAUCUGGUGGAGAACACGACAUGCUGGCUCUUCGAUCGCAACGAGAUUGAGGGCAAGAAGAAGAUCAUCCUGGCACCGGGCGAGGGCGUGAAGGGAGAGGGCCUUGCGGAGGUCGGUGAAGUCUGGGGCCUGGAGAUCGGCGUGAGCACUGGAAACGGCAAAGUCAAGAGCUUGCCAAAGAGGACGACACUGCAUCGCAGGACUGCUACCACCUACGGACUGAAGCGACCCAGCUCGAGGGCCACUCUUUCGGAGAUCCAGAAGAAAUUCGGCACAUUCCCAUUCAGCUUGCGCCAGCUUGACAGUGAGAAGGACGCCAAGGUCGGUGUGAUUGAGUGCGUCCGCGGUGGUGUUGUUCGCGCAUACGAGCCUGCAGGCUCUACGGAUGGCGAGCCAGUGAGCCGUCUAUUCGAGACUGUCGCCAUCACCAAGAAUGGUGUGCAGAAGCUGUCAGCACCUCCAGCUGUGGAUAUCUCGCAGUGGCAAUCUGAUAAAAAGAUCACGGAUGAGGAAGUUCUGAAGAUCUUGGAGCUGCCCCUGAACAAGAACAGCACCAAGGCUAAGAAGCCAAAGAGCAAGAAGAAGAAGAUGGCCAAGAAGGCGGCUGCACCAAAGGCCGAAGAGGAGGAAGAGGAGUCGGAGGAGGAGAGCAGCGAUGAUGAAGAUGACGAGUGCAUACCACUGGCCGUGGCCGAGCAGUCCGAUCUGAAAACAAUGCCCAGCACGGCAUCUGCCACACCUCAAGUCGAGCGCAACCCCUCCACACAACGCAGCGGCAGUAAUUCAAGCAAGGUCGCGCCCCAUGACAGGGCGAAGGAGAAGACCUUUAUGGACCGCUGGGUAGAGCCGUCGCUCGCUGCGCCCAAGGCCUCGUACGAAGAUCAUGGCGCGGCGCCAUACGGCGUGCUGGAGCACAUGCAACCACUAGGCGAGUUGCCCAAUACAAAGGUCAAGCAGAGAGUGAAAGGAGAAGGGGCACGUAAAUCUGUACUGGGGCGAAGCUCUGCCGCUGUAGGCGGAGACGUGCAGAGCACUCCUGAAGGGACACCAGCACCAGGAGCCAGCACACCGCAGCCUACGGACCCGGCGCCUUCGCGUCCGAUCGUGGUUGAUGACGAAAAGGACGAUGACUACGCGCCUGGGAAGCAUGGCAAGAAGAAAGAGCGAUCUGCGCGACCGCGAGCUGUGAAGCGAAAGAGUGAACCCUCAGAAUCUGCUACUCCUGCCCCAGCGCCCCCCUCUGCUGGCGCGACCAGGAAGAAGGCCGCUGCCGCUACGACUCAUCGAGUACCACAAUAUGCGUACGAUGUCGAUAAGCUCAAGCGAGUGGUUGAAGCCGCCAAAGCACGUGCAAUCGAGGUCGGCAAGCCCGACCUCGCGGAUGCUGUCAACGAAAUUUACGAACAAAGCCAACUGGACAAGAAUCUUCGCGUCCUACUUGAGGCUAUCUUGACACAAAAUGCCACGCAAGCUCAAAAUACCGAGUUCCAGGAUUAUGUACGCGCUGCCAAAAAGAAGCUGAAGGACGCCAAGAACAAGGCACGGCAAGCCGCAGCAAAACCAACCGAAACACAGCAGGCUCGAGCGGCCGCCUAUUCACCCGCCAAAAGUCUCACUCUGCAGCCUGCACACUCCUCGACAGCACCUGAAGCUUCUACUGCAGUGCCAUCUACCGAAUACCUCGAACCAAUGAAGCCCAAAAUCUCUCUCAAAGUCAAGUCGCCCAUGAAAGAUCCCAGCCGGCGUCGUUCAGGCAACGGCAAGAUGUCAAUCUCACCGAGGAAGCGCUCGGGUAGCGUUGGUAGUGACUCGUCGCUCACAUCGCUUACCUCGAAUGAAGAUGACGGCGAGGAAGAGGUCAACUCGCCAGCUCGGCCGACCAGCAGCUUUGCCGGACCCUCGUCGAGAGUCAACGGCCUCCAAGGUAAGGACCAUGCUGCAGAGCGUGGCUCUUUGGCAGCCCCCAGUAAUGCCGUCAAACGGUCCUCUGCGGACGCCUUCGAUGAUGAGGGCGAGCGUGCUCUGGCCGCCAAAAAGCAGAGGCUCAGGGAGGGCAUCGAACGCGAUUUCGAGUACCAAGAAAGCAGUAUCCGCCCUGCUCUGUCGCAACCACGGUCACGCUUGCACCGUGUAAAAGAUGGGGCUCUCGCACCACCAUCGCUCCGGUUGGAGUUACACGGCAACCGCGCAGCAAGUGCUCGAGGAAGCCGAGCAGUGUCCAACGACAUUGACUCGCCAUUGUCUGACUUGUCACCAGUAAACUCCAGGCAAAGUACACCCAGGUUUAACAAGCCGGUGCCGAAGCUCACAGGGAAGAGAGCGAAGACCAAGCAGUCACCAGAGAAGCGACAGUUGGCAGCCCACAGUGGCAUUUCUGGCGCUGGUGGCGCAGGGAGAAACAGUCCAAUCGGGGAUGAUGACAACGAAAUGCGAUCCGAGAACAACGACUUCUGCUCAGCCUGUGGCGGUUCCGGCUUUCUCCUUUGCUGCGAUGGGUGCGACCGGUCGUUCCACUUCACCUGUCUAGAUCCGCCGCUCAGCGAGGAAGCAAAGGAACUCGACGAGCCAUGGUACUGCUACAUCUGCGUUGCGAGAAAACCGAUUUCUGCCGAUUACCCAGAGAAGAAAGCCCCAACCGGCCUGUUUGCGCCACUGCUUGCUGGCCUCAAGAAGUCCAAUCCCAAGACCUUCGACUUGCCGGAGCCCAUCAAGAACUAUUUCGAGGGUGUCAGUGCAGAUCGCAAUGGCGCUUUUGCAGAUGCCUUGAGUGGCAAGCCGACACGUAAUCGACCUGGGUACUCUGAUGAUCAGCCUGAUUAUCACAGACUGCGCGACAGCAAAGGCAAUCUUGUACUGUGCUACCAAUGCGGGCACUCUUCUCAACAGAUUGCCGGCACGAAGCGCGCCAUCGUGACCUGCGAUCACUGCCAACAGCACUGGCAUUUGGACUGUCUGAAUCCACCUCUUGCGAACCCCCCUGCGCUCAAUCAGAAUGGGAAGAAGGUGCAUGACUGGAUGUGCCCACUACAUGUCGACCAGGAGCUGCGCAAAGUCGACGUCUCGUCGCUGCAGCGACGCAGAGAGGUGGACGCCCAAACUUCCAACCGUCGCAGAAUCCAUGUCCGAAAGCCGAAAAAUCCGGUCGUCGCUGACACCGCUCUUACUCGCGGACAUCGCAAUAACGGCAUUAUUGAGGUGCUUGAGGAUGAGUCCGAUGCAUCUGACUCGGAUUUCUACGACCACGACGAUGGGCCGAUGGUGUACAAGCUGCCUGCCCAUGGCAUCAAGCUUGAUUUCAUCGACAAAGUCAAGGAUACGCGCGUACAAGAACUUCGCGACGAGCGGGCAUACAAGCGGCGCAGAGCCAACAUCCCUAACGACACGCCCAGCACGCUGGCACAAGCCAAUUUCGCGAAGCGCCCCUUCAACGAACAGCAAGUCGCACUCAACCUCGCACAACUCGCGAGAGAGAAUAAAGAUCUGGGACUGGGUGAAGACCAGGUGCAGAAUCUCGUUGGUGCUCUGAUCGCUGAAGCCCCCUCUGCCGUGGUUGAGGAAAUCAUGGCGGCCGAGGACGCCGAGAAGACCAAGUCUGCACCUUCGGUGGCGCCACCGUCACCACCAGCAAGCGAGCAGACUACCGAGCUCUCUGCUGAACAACGCAAGGAACUACUGAUUUUGCAAGAGUUAAUACGAAGAAGAUUGGAGAAUUCGAAAACCUGA